GACUUACAGCAAAAUGAGUAAUCCAGCCAUCAAGAGAAUAGGAAAUCACAUUAUCAAAUCUCCUGAAGACAAGCGAGAAUACCGUGGGCUAGAGCUGGCCAACGGGAUCAAAGUCCUUCUCAUCAGCGAUCCCACCACGGAUAAGUCGUCAGCCGCGCUUGAUGUCCACAUAGGUUCAUUGUCAGAUCCUCCAAAUAUUGCUGGCCUAAGUCAUUUUUGUGAACAUAUGCUUUUUUUGGGAACAAAGAAAUACCCUAAAGAAAACGAGUACAGCCAGUUUCUCAGCGAACACGCGGGAAGUUCAAACGCCUUCACUAGUGGAGAGCAUACCAACUACUAUUUCGAUGUUUCCCACGAACACCUGGAAGGUGCCCUAGACAGGUUUGCACAGUUUUUCCUGUGCCCGCUGUUUGAUGAGAGUUGCAAAGACAGAGAAGUGAAUGCAGUGGAUUCGGAGCAUGAGAAGAAUGUGAUGAAUGAUGCCUGGAGACUCUUUCAGUUGGAGAAAGCAACAGGAAAUCCCAAUCACCCCUUCAGCAAAUUUGGGACAGGAAACAAAUAUACUCUAGAGACUAGACCAAAUCAAGAAGGCAUUGAUGUGAGACAAGAGCUGCUGAAAUUCCAUUCUACUUAUUACUCAUCCAAUUUAAUGGCUAUUUGUGUUUUAGGUCGAGAAUCUUUAGAUGAUCUGACUGAUCUGGUGGUCAAGUUAUUUUCUGAAGUAGAGAACAAAAAUGUCCCAUUGCCAGAAUUUCCUGAACACCCUUUCCAAGAGGAACAUCUUAGACAACUUUACAAAAUCGUGCCCAUUAAGGAUAUUAGGAAUCUUUAUGUGACAUUUCCAAUACCUGACCUUCAGAAAUACUACAAGUCAAAUCCUGGUCAUUAUCUUGGUCAUCUUAUUGGGCAUGAAGGUCCUGGAAGUCUGUUAUCAGAACUUAAAUCCAAGGGCUGGGUAAAUACUCUUGUUGGUGGGCAAAAGGAAGGAGCCCGCGGUUUUAUGUUUUUUAUCAUUAAUGUGGACUUGACUGAGGAAGGAUUAUUACAUGUUGAAGAUAUAAUUUUGCACAUGUUUCAAUACAUUCAGAAGUUACGUGCAGAAGGACCUCAAGAAUGGGUUUUCCAAGAGUGCAAGGACUUGAAUGCUGUUGCUUUUAGGUUUAAAGACAAAGAGAGGCCACGAGGCUACACAUCUAAGAUUGCAGGAAUAUUACAUUAUUAUCCCCUAGAAGAAGUGCUCACAGCUGAAUAUUUACUGGAAGAAUUUAGACCUGACUUAAUCGAGAUGGUUCUCGAUAAACUCAGACCAGAAAAUGUCCGGGUUGCUAUAGUUUCCAAAUCUUUUGAAGGAAAAACUGACCGCACGGAAGAGUGGUAUGGAACCCAGUAUAAACAGGAAGCUAUACCAGACGAAGUCAUCAAGAAAUGGCAAAAUGCUGACCUGAAUGGCAAAUUUAAACUUCCAACAAAGAAUGAAUUUAUUCCUACAAAUUUUGAAAUUUUAUCAUUAGAAAAAGAGGCAACACCAUACCCUGCUCUUAUUAAGGAUACGGCCAUGAGCAAACUCUGGUUCAAACAGGAUGAUAAGUUUUUCUUGCCUAAGGCUUGUCUCAACUUUGAAUUUUUCAGUCGCUACAUUUAUGCUGAUCCUCUCCAUUGCAACAUGACAUACCUGUUUAUCAGGUUAUUGAAGGAUGAUUUAAAAGAGUAUACAUAUGCAGCACGCCUCUCAGGUUUGAGCUAUGCCAUUGCAUCAGGAAUGAAUGCAAUACUUCUCUCAGUGAAAGGUUACAAUGACAAGCAGCCAAUUUUGCUAAAGAAGAUUAUUGAGAAAAUGGCUACCUUUGAGAUUGAUGAAAAGAGAUUUGAAAUUAUCAAAGAAGCAUAUAUGCGCUCUCUCAACAACUUCCGCGCUGAGCAGCCUCACCAGCACGCCAUGUACUACCUCCGCUUGUUGAUGACGGAAGUGGCCUGGACUAAAGACGAGUUGAAAGAAGCCCUGGAUGAUGUCACCCUUCCCCGCCUUAAGGCCUUCAUACCUCAGCUUCUCUCACGCCUGCACAUCGAGGCCCUUCUCCAUGGAAACAUAACAAAGCAGGCUGCUCUCGGAAUCAUGCAGAUGGUUGAAGACACCCUUAUUGAAUAUGCACACACCAAACCCCUCCUUCCAAGCCAGCUGGUUCGGUAUAGAGAAGUCCAGCUCCCUGACAGAGGGUGGUUCGUCUACCAGCAGAGGAACGAAGUUCACAACAACUGCGGCAUCGAGAUUUACUAUCAGACAGACAUGCAGAGCACCUCGGAGAACAUGUUCCUGGAGCUCUUCUGUCAGAUCAUCUCAGAGCCUUGCUUCAACACCCUGCGCACCAAGGAGCAGCUGGGCUACAUCGUCUUCAGUGGGCCACGCCGAGCCAACGGCAUUCAGGGCUUGAGAUUCAUCAUCCAGUCAGAAAAGCCCCCUCACUACCUGGAAAGCCGCGUGGAAGCGUUCCUAAUUACCAUGGAGAAGUCCAUAGAGGACAUGACGGAAGAGGCCUUCCAGAAACACAUCCAAGCAUUAGCGAUUCGUCGGCUAGACAAACCAAAGAAACUCUCUGCAGAGUGUGCUAAAUACUGGGGGGAGAUCAUCUCCCAGCAGUACAAUUUUGACAGAGAUAAUACAGAAGUUGCAUAUUUAAAGACACUUACCAAGGAAGAUAUCAUCAAAUUCUAUAAGGAAAUGCUGGCGGUCGAUGCCCCGAGGAGACACAAGGUAUCCGUCCACGUUCUGGCCAGGGAAAUGGAUUCCUGUCCUGUCGUUGGAGAGUUCCCAUGUCAAAAUGAUAUAAAUUUGUCCCAAGCGCCACCCUUGCCACAACCUGAAGUGAUACAGAACAUGACCGAGUUCAAGCGAGGUUUGCCACUGUUUCCCCUUGUGAAACCACAUAUUAACUUCAUGGCUGCAAAACUCUGAAGAUUCCCCCGGGGGGAGUGCACGUGGAUGCAUUCCUGAGUCUUCCAGGGCCUAGGAAGCCAAUCUUCGCCACUUUAGUAGUUUCUGGUUCACUAUUAGACAAACGAAAAAGUUGUCAAAUAUCAUUAUGUAGAAAUAUUAAAAAGUCAAAGUAAUUAAAUUACAGAAAAAUCUUAUAGAUGUAGAAUAUUUUUUAAAUACAUGCCUCUUAAAUAUUUUAAAAUUUUUCUUUUCAUUACUAAGAGAAAUCCCCCCUAUAUAACAAUACUUAAAAUGAUGAAUGAUAUUCCUAGAGAAUCUUUCUUCCCUGUUCUGUAAAAUAGUCUUUUGUCCAAAGGAAAUAAAAGUUAGCUUUUUUUCUAAAAGCCUCCUGAGUUGAUAGAGAAGGCUUUAAAACAUUUAGCAAGGUAAUACCUUUUUAAAAAUCGAUUCUCAAAUUUGCUUUCUACUCAGUGGUUUCAUGUAAAUCAACGGAGGAUGUUACAUUCAACAGAUAAUGAGCAAAGCAAUGUCAUUUUCUUUUAUCAGUGAAAUUGCUGAUUAUAUAAGGCAUGGUUUUAAUCUUUUUAUAAAAUUUGAACGUGUUUUUUAUUCCAACUCGUAAAAUGCUGGAAAACCCUAGAACACCCUCCUUAUUUACAGUGCUAGUCAUAGAAAUACAGAUUGACCUUCCAUCGACCUUGUCCCAAACUGACUUUCUCAGGAUGACUGUGCUUUCUUGCUUUCUUUCUGGUUGAAUUAUGUCGGCAUUCUCGUCGUUCACAGUUGGUUUGCAGUGUUCCAUCCACAUGUUGUGUAUUUAUUUUUAGUACAAAGAGUGUCAACUUCACAUCCUACUGAGUGUGUGACAUGCUUUUCCAACAUCAGCUGCCAGAACCACCGUAACUUCUUACCACACUGAAAUGGCGGUAGCAGGACAACCCCAAUAUUUUGCCCUGUCAUGAAUUUAAAAGGCUCACGUGCUAUCGAAGCGUUCUUAAAUAGCAAGGCUCCACAAGACUCAAAAUCCCUUGUUGCUACCAGUCUAAUCUUGCCUUAAGUGUCAAAAGUUAUUUUUUGAACAUAGAGAUAGAAAUACUCGAACAUACAGAUGAUGACUGGAGUGGACUUUUGAGAAGUUGUUUUUUUUUUUUUUUUUCACAAGAUACUAUUUCAGGUGAAAUUGCUACCGUGGGCCUAACACCUGUUCUAGAAUAUUUCCUGUCGUUCAGACUUGCUUCGAGAGAAACCGUGACUGUUUCCGCGUGUAGGCGCUGAUAGCAGGCCCUGUCCACUAACUCAGGCGAAGUAAAGAAUUGUCAUUUUCAAAUGACGUUUUACCUCCCCGUGGGAUCUGAUUCGCCCGGACUUUUUUCUGUAAUGUCUUUUCACAUCUUCUGUUUUCACAUUUGCCAUUUUCUAAACAAUCGCCAUUUGGGGCAAGAAUGACAUCGCCACCCCACGGAGGCUGCUGUCGAAAGCAGGGCUCCGCCCCUCGCCAGGUCCACGUGGUGCUGUAACUUUCUCUCCCGACCUCCAAGAGCCUCCUGUGCGAAGGCCGUCUCUGUCCAUCAGAAGGUGUGCGAGGUCAGCACUUCCUUCCGGUUUUAUGCAUUUGUAGACUAUGCAGCUUUUCAUCCGACUGCAAAGAUACAUGGAGAAGACAGAUCUGAAAUCAGUCCCGAGUGUUUAAAUGACACCACCCUGGGAGUAAAUACAAACCCACCUACCUUUUCUGCGGAGAAUUAUGUGCUAUCGAGUAACUUUUAGCUCUUUUUAAAAGAUGGGUGAGAUUUAAUAGUGUCCUUUGUAUGAGAGAAGGCACCUGAAGAGACCCGGAGGCCGCCUCCUGCAGUCUUCCACGCGCCUGAGAUGGGUGUUCAGUGCUCCCGCAUUUCCCGGCCUCCCGUGGGUCUAGAGCGACUGGCGGAUCACUCAGGAUACUAAUGGACUCGUGCAGUGGGUCCAGCUGCAGUCCGUGAGCAAUAACAGACCCCCCCAGACACCGCGAUCCACUCGGCGCUGAGCACAGAUUUGGGGAGCGGGCUGUUAUCCGCUGCCUGGGACUUACCAAGUCUUCGUUUUGCCCAGUUGAUGUGAGAGAGAGCAUGUGACACAGCCAGUGUGUGGAGUGCUAGGGUUCUCCUGUUUACAAUAAAUGGCCUGAAUUUAACCUCGA